AUGAUUGUAUUGAAUAUUGAUGUUAUAGUGAAUACUACGAAUGCAGAGUUAAAUCUUAACAAUGCAGGCCCUUCUUCUAAAGCAAUUUUAGCAGCCGCCGGAAACAGUAUUCAACAAGAGUGUAAUACUAAUUUUCGCUCUAAAAUCAAUCCCGGUGAUGUGGCUGUCACAGGAUCCGGAUAUUUGAAAUGUGAAAAUAUUUUUCAUAUCUACAUUCCAAUAUAUAAAAGUCCAGAAGACGAAAAGAAUAUACAUGCAGCCAUAUAUGAAUGUCUGAAGGAGACUGACAGAUUGAGUUUGCAGUCCAUUUCCUUUCCCGCUCUUGGAACUGGUGGACUGAAUUAUGAACCAAAUUUUGUAGUAAACUCACUGUUUGAUACUGUAAAAAGAUACAAUGUGCAGAACCCGUCGACAAACAUAGAAUUGGUUGUAUGUGUUGUUUACCAAGAUCAAAUGUAUCAGACAUUUGUGGCAGCUGCGAGAGAAAGAGCAAGACGAAAAGGAAAUGAGGCUAAUAAGACCACAUUGAAAAUCUCUGGAAGUACGAAAAUUGGAAAUAGUCAUAUAAAAGUAUCAGUAGGAGAUCUAACACAGGAGCAGGUAGACGUUCUAGUACACACAUGUUCACAUUCGCUGCAGCUUAAAAACACGUCCAGACUUGCAACAGAAAUAUUAAAUACCGCAGGGCGGAACAUACAAACGGAACUCGAUAAUAAUUAUCCAAAUGGCUUGAAAAAUGGUGAAUUUGCUGUCACAAAUGGAUAUGGAUUGAGUUGUAAAAAAGUAUACCACGGAAAAGUACUAGAUUUUACUGCAAAUGGCAGGAAUGAUCGACCAGAAAAAAUUUUACUCACAUUUAUAACAAGGUGCCUCACAGAAGCGAACAAAUACGGAUCUAAAAGUAUUGCAUUUCCAGCACUAGGUACAGGAAUCCUAAAGUUUCCGUCUGAUAUUGCAGCCUCUAUUUUUAUAAAAGCAAUUAAAGACUUUAUUUCUAAACAUCCUCGAACAUCGACCACUGACAUUAGAGUUGUUGUAUUUGGAGGGAAUCCGUCCUGGUCGAGCAUCCAAAAGGCUUAUAGAAAUGAACUGUCAACAGACCGAGCAUUUCCGUGCUCAAAUUUUCUUUCCAUGGCUGUUCCAAAGAGAGGAACAAAGGCUUACUUUCGUUAUAAAUACAAUGAAAACCCUCGGCCGCCUACUAAUUGGAGUCAUUUCACGUGCGAUAAAACAAUUAAGGACUGGAUUUCAAUGCAAGGCGCCAAUCAUUAUAAGCUCGUUAAACCCGAUCAAAGAAUUUCAGACGACAUCGAGCAUCUAUUCCUGAGCACAAUUCAACUUGACGGGGCUGAAGUAGUCUCUGUUAUGAGAAAUGAAAAUUUAAAACUAUAUGAAGAAUACUUUCAAGAGUGUCAAAGAUUGUACAGUAGAGCUAUUGCAACUGGACCAUGUAAGUCUCUAGCCAAUACACCUGGAUCCAGGGGACCAUCUCUAACAAUGCAGUAUGCCAACCGACAAAUUGCAAACCUAUUAGACUCGGACUUAAACGAGGUUUAUCUCUUCCAUGGAACAAAGAAGGAUAGAGUAAAUGUUCUUCUUCACAAUGGAUUCGAUCUAAGAUUGGCAGCUAUGAAUUUUAAAUCUCUUUGGCUUGGAGCUGGUGUCUACGCGGCAGAAGAGGCUAACUUAUCUGCCCAGUAUACAGAAAGAAAUGGAGUAUGUACAAUUUUUGUUAUGAGAGUGUGUUUGGGUGAUGUCUUUACAACGAAAACACACAUGACUGAUUUGAAAAGACCUCCUUGCAAAUCCUUCUGUAAUGGCAUUUGCACUCAACAUAAAGAAUUUUUCGAUUCUGUUGUUGGAGAGUUUCCCCAAAGAGAAUUUGUUGUGUAUGAUGAUGCAAAAUGUUAUCCUGAAUAUGUGAUACAGUACCAAGUGGUGCAAAGUCCUCCGGACCCAAAGGGUGGAUAUUACUAACAGCUUAUGCAGCAUAUUUGAUAUUAUUUGAACGCGUUUUUAAUAUUCUAUAAUAUAUAUAAUUGCUUUGAAGUUUUUGUGUGUUUAUUUAUGUAUUUUGAAGGAUAAGAUUGAUGUAAAAGGCUUUUCAGAUUUUCAAAAGAAAUAUUAAUGAUAAAAUGAUGCAAUGGUUAAUAUGUAAGUGUAUAUUCGACAAUUAAGUGGUCGAGUUCAAAUGUAAACUUAAAAAUAGAGAUUGCUAAAUCAAUUUUGUACAUGUUAUUAAAGUACUUGUUUUGUUUCAUAUAAUAAAAACAAAUUACAUUUCCUCCCUCAAACGACGGAUAUUUCAUAAAUUCGGGUUUACAGUUGAGUUAUGUUAUGUAUAGAAAUCUUCAUAGUUUACAUAUACAUGCAGUUAUAUAUAAAU